UUGAGGGCGGGGAGCGCGGAAGGCGGCGCCGGGGCCGCUGCGGGGCGCGGCGCCUCCCCGCUCCCCGCCGCUCCUCGCCGCCCGCAGCCGCACCGGCCCCGGCCCCGGCCCCGGCGGGCCGCGCCAUGGCGACCCCCAGCCCCUGCAUCGUGAUUCGCGAUGAUGAACAAGGUUACGACCUGGACUUGUUCUGCAUACCUAAACAUUAUGCAGAUGAUUUGGAAAAAGUCUAUAUUCCUCAUGGGCUCAUCAUGGACAGGACAGAGAGACUGGCACGAGAAAUUAUGAAGGGCAUGGGAGGACAUCACAUUGUAGCUCUCUGUGUACUCAAGGGUGGCUAUAAAUUUUUUGCUGAUUUAUUAGACUACAUCAAAGCACUGAACAGAAACAGUGACAAAUCAAUCCCCAUGACUGUAGACUUCAUUAGGUUGAAGAGUUACUGUAAUGAUCAGUCAACUGGAGAUAUAAAAGUCAUUGGUGGGGAUGACCUUUCAACCUUGACUGGAAAGAAUGUUUUAAUUGUAGAAGAUAUAAUUGAUACUGGUAAAACAAUGAAAACAUUGCUGUCUCUACUCAAGCAGUACAAUCCAAAGAUGGUGAAAGUAGCCAGUUUGUUGGUAAAAAGAACUCCUCGAAGCGUGGGAUAUCGGCCAGACUUUGUUGGAUUUGAAGUGCCAGACAAAUUUGUUGUGGGAUACGCCCUAGAUUACAAUGAAUACUUCAGAGAUUUGAAUCAUAUCUGUGUGAUCAGUGAGACGGGGAAGCAGAAAUACAAAGCAUGAAAGCAUAGUUCAAGUGCUCUGAUAGCAGAGCUUUGAAAUGUUUUGUUUACUGAGUCCUAUCUUUCACAGGCUUCAACUCUGGUACACCAGCUAAAAUUGUAGAAUUAUCCACCCCCAUUGUCAUAUGCUUACUAUAACUUAUUGCAUGUACAAUAUACAAAUCUUGUCUUGUUCAUUUAUAUUUUAGAAAUGUAAACAAUUAGUGCAAUUCUGCACUCCUUAUUUUGAUUUGCACUAUGACUCUACCGACUAUUGCUGCCCCUGGUUGGGUUGUGCUGUUUGUGAGCUCCGGAGUCUAACUCUUGCAGUGGUAAAUUGCUUAAACCUCAUCAACCCAGAACUGAAAUAGUUCAAGUACUGUAAAUGUAAAACACUUUAUGAUAGGGAAGUCUAUUAGUAAUAUUUUUAAAAUCUGUAAUUUAAGUUUUAUAUUUUCAUGCACAAAUAAUGUGAUUGUGAUUAAUGGAUAGUUGCACCUUUGGGUGUUAUAAAACAUGAGGAGCAGCCAGUUACAGUAUCUGUAAUCUCCAAGGAGCUGAUUCAAGUCUCCUGGAGUUGCCUUAUCGCUGUAAAAGUCUGGGUAAAAAAAAUCUUUUUUUUUAUUUUUUUAUUUUUUGAGCUAAAAGGAGAUGGAAUGACAAAGCAGAAUGUUUAAAAUCUAGUUUAAGUUGAGCUGUUCAUUUCUUUUGGAUUUUUUCUUUAAAAAUACCCAUCAGACAGUGAAAUUGCCUUUUAAAUUUAAACAAUUUUAAUAUAUUUUUGAAAAAGUAUUGUAAUGUUUACUUUAUAAGAUCUACAAAACAAAGUACUUUAAAUAAAGGCUGUCUCUUUAAAAUAAGCCCCAUACAUCUAUGCCACUCAUUCUGUAUAUUAAAGUGCUCUUGAAAUUUUCUUAGUAAUAUUUUUCAUAAGUGUUUCUGACAGUGAAGGCAGACUCUACAUUUGUUAUCUUUGUAGAGCCUUUAGUCAGUAUUGUGCCAUCUACAAGAGAUGAUAAAGGCCUGAGGGAAAGCUAUUGAAAUACUUGCAUAUUCUAUAACCAAACUGGAUUUCAGAGAAAAUGCACUGAGUAGUGUCCCUGUGUUCUGUUUUGGCAAAAAUGAAGAGUGAAGAAUAUGUUCAUUUAAAUAAUAUACAGGGGUGGGAGGGAACACACAACCAUUUUGUAAGUAAUCAGUUUGGGUUUGUUUUAUUAACAUUUUGUUCAUGCUGAGUUUAAUUCUAAACAUGGCAGCCCACCUUGCACAUUUUCCUUCUGCCGUGGUGUUCCAUCCCUUAGCUUACACAGUACCUGUACUUCUGCACGUGGGUUCUUCCACUGCGUGCUAGGAUUCAGUGCUGGUCAGUGCUUAAUACAUAACGAUCUUUUUGACAGCCUGUUUUUAAGAUGUUUUCUGGUUUUGAAGUUUGGGUUGUGCUUUUGUACUUUUCCAAGUACUGCACAUCAUUCUCUCUCCAUGGCGUAUUCAGUUACAACUGUAGUAGUUUGCAGCAGACCUGAAAUAUGAAUAAUUUACAUAAUGUAAUUGAGACCAAAUGACCGUGAUGUGUUGGAGAUGUAAAUUUGUAUUUGUAACUCAAAGUUCUCAUUAACAAAUAUGAUAACACUGGUUGUGAUUAUACUAUACUUCUGCAAUGAUCCAGGUUAAGGUUAAAUGUUCCAAAGAGCUUUUCUGAAAGCACUACGAAGACUGUAUUUCUCAAUGUUUGUGUGUAUGCUUAUCAACCUGCGCUGUACCUGGGAAUCCCUUUUGGAAAAUACAUGGUGCAUGUCUAAGAAGAGGAAGCACCAAAACAACACAAAAAAAUAUAAAUCCACUUAAGAAUUCUUACAUCCAUUAAGUUUUCAUUAGGUGGGGUUGAACUUAAGGUCUAAUUAUAAAAAAGUACUGUUUUCUCCUGCCUUCUUAAUGGUUCCUACUUCACAGUGGAUUUCAAAAUUGAUUGAUGCCAUCUAGACAUUACACCAGAGAGGUGGCAUCAACGUACCUAUUCACAUGUGAAACGGUAAGAAUCGAUGAUGUUCAAUAUCUUUUAAGACUAAACCCUUACGCGAGUUUGUCCUGUAAGUUUUCCUAUCUUGGUUAAGACCAAUUCAAACGCUGUGAUUUGGGAACAGCAGGAGAGGUUGAGUUAGUCAUAACAAGGGGUUUAUCUUCCAAAACAUAACUGGACGAGAGAAAAUACCAGCCCUUUGGGGUAAGGGUUCAAACUGCAUGAACUUGCAGAUGGCAUAGUCACAGCUUGAACGCUGGCAAGAUAUUCCAGUGGGACCUCUUGAGCCACACUAACAACAGGACUGAGACUGCAGGAUACAGGAUUGUCUUCUAACAACCUUGGCUGUGUCUGAUAGAAAAGUUAGAUACUCCAGAAAAAAAAAAAAAAAAACUAUCACCCCAGAGGGUUUCCUUAUUCAACAGCUUUUAUUGUUGCCUAUGAAGAUUAUUCGGAAAAGAAAUGUCCCCCUCUCCUGCCCUUGCUAGAACAGUCCUAACCUGUUGCAGUCUUUUACAGAAAAUGUCUGUGUACUACAUGAAGAUGAAUUUUCACAUGAAAAAAGUUGAAAAUGCAAUCGUUACUUCUUAUUAGGUAAUUUUGGUUAAAAGACUGGGGUUUUGGUCACACCUUUGCAAGUUAAAUGCAAGCUUUUUGCAGCCCAGAUGUGUAUUGUUAAAACAUUAUGAAAGCACGGAGAAAAUCUUGUAUUUGAAUAUUUAUGUGGCAUUUGAAGUUCAUUAUAGUUCCACAUUUUAUGAAUCACAAAUGUACACUGGAAAAGUAAUUUUGAUUAUUUAUAGGCUUUAAUAUACUGUUUUACCCUGUGG